AUGGCAAUCUCAACUGGAGGAAUUCUUACCUACGGCCGUAAGGGCCCGGUUAGGUCACGAAACAUUGCACUCGCCAGUGUCGCGACCAUCUCCACCACCCUCCUGGUCAUGUUCCGAUAUGGCAUGUUUCGCGGUAAGCAGCUCACCACAUCACCAGCCGAGCAUCGCACCAUGCAUGGCGAAGAUGAUCCUACGCUGCAGACGGACCAAGCUACCGCUAAAGCCGCCCGCGGACCAAAGCGCUGGUAUAACUUCGGAAAGGAAUAA